GCGCCACCCUUUCUUGGUGUAUGUGGAGAUAACCCAGAGAACUGAGAAAGUUGCUAAGAAGAUUGUGCUGGGAUGCUUUAGAAAGUUAAUGCUGAGGUGAAUUCCAUAGUGUUUUGAUUUGCCAAGAAGAAAGCAAGUAUGGAUCAGAACAACAGCCUACCACCUUAUGCUCAAGGCCUGUCUUCCCCUCAGGGCGCCAUGACUCCUGGACUACCCAUCUUUAGUCCAAUGAUGCCGUAUGGCACAGGACUGACCCCACAGCCUAUUCAGAGCUCCAACAGUCUGUCUAUGUUAGAAGAACAACAACGGCAGCAGCAGCAACAGCAACAACAGCAGCAGCAACAACAGCAGCAAGCAGCAGUGACUACAGUUCAGUCAACCUCACAGCAGGCUACCCAGGGGCCAGCAGGCCAGACGCCACAGCUGUUCCACUCACAGACUCUUACAACUGCUCCCUUGCCGGGCACCACCCCCCUCUAUCCCUCUCCCAUGACGCCUAUGACCCCCAUCACACCUGCCACACCCGCCUCCGAGAGCUCUGGGAUUGUGCCACAGCUCCAAAAUAUCGUAUCCACAGUGAAUCUUGGUUGUAAGCUUGACCUAAAGACCAUUGCACUUCGUGCCCGAAAUGCUGAGUAUAAUCCCAAGCGGUUUGCUGCUGUGAUCAUGAGGAUAAGAGAACCUCGAACCACUGCACUGAUAUUCAGUUCUGGAAAAAUGGUGUGCACUGGAGCAAAAAGUGAGGAGCAAUCGAGAUUAGCGGCAAGAAAAUAUGCCAGAGUUGUACAGAAGUUGGGUUUCCCAGCUAAGUUCUUGGACUUCAAGAUUCAGAACAUGGUGGGGAGCUGUGAUGUGAAGUUCCCAAUCAGAUUAGAAGGCCUUGUCCUAACCCACCAGCAGUUUAGUAGUUAUGAACCAGAGCUGUUUCCAGGUUUAAUCUACAGAAUGAUCAAACCCAGAAUUGUUCUCCUUAUUUUUGUUUCUGGAAAAGUUGUAUUGACAGGUGCUAAAGUCAGAGCAGAAAUUUAUGAAGCGUUUGAAAACAUCUACCCUAUUCUAAAAGGAUUCAGGAAGACAACGUAAUAGCUAUCGUACACUGCAGCCGUCCCCAUCCACCUGUUUUUAAAAAAUCAGUUGUGGUACAUUUAAAUAAUAUGGGCACAGUACCAGGUGGAGCUCUCCUGCACUUGUUCCUGAGGAAUGCUGAGAAAGAGUGAGGGCAGUCCACAGCACCCUGAGUUGCUCCUUCGUGCUGCUACUGGGCAGCACUGCCCAUUAUUUAUAUUGGUUUUAAACACUGCUGUUGGCAAGUUGGUUUAAGGGGCAGACAGACUUUCAAGUGUUAAAGGCGUUUUCCACAAUUCAUUGUACUACUUUUGUUUAAUUUCUUCCUCAUAAACCAGUUUUUAUAUUUCUACAGGAAAAGUAAGUCUUUUUUAAAAGUGUUGUUUUCUGAUUUGUAACUCCUAGGGGUUAUUUUUGUGCCAGACACAUUCCGCAUUGCAGUAUUGCAGGAAAAAAAUAGAUGUAUUAAUGAAAAUGAAUGUCUGUACAUACUUUUUAUUUCUUCAGUACUCUGUACAAUAAAUGCUGUUUAUAAAAAGUGUUAGAUUGAUGUUAUAAAUCUCAUGUCAUCGUCCAGGUAAUCACACUUUUUAAGCAUGUUAAAAAAUGAGUGUAGGGUCAUACCUGAGCAUGGACGCAGCCCGUUAGAUCUAUCAGCAAUCAAAGCUGCAUUUUCAAUACAAGGCCUGAAAUGGUUUUUAUAUUUUGUUCCACUUAUUUUAUGUAGCAGUGAAAUUGAAUGCACUUCCUGAAAAUGUACUUUUGCUCAUGAAAUACCUGUAGCCUUUUAUGUGUAGAAUAACUCCUCCCCCCAAUAAGUUUUAUAACGGUUUUUCAUUUUAACUUUCAAAAUAUAUGUUUUCAAACAUU